GGAGUGAAUUAUCACAUGCAUGAAGCCUUGAUGAAGUGAUGACAUUUUAUAUCCAAACUGGCUACUGUUUGGCCGAGGCAUACAAGCGCGAGGCAGUAUUUCUAGUUCUUCAUGCCAUGCAUAGCUAUUUCUGAAAUACUGUGGCUUAAAAGGGUAAAUAUCCCUCUAAAUAUGAAUACUGUAAUUUAAAAAAAAAUGAUCAACUCAUUAAAAUUCUAGGAUUGCAAUUGUGGUUUGAACAAAAGCCAGCAUGCGCAUUGGUCCCCCAGGGCUGAAUUUGAGGACCACUGAACUAAUAGAUAUUCCCAAAUCUAAACAGAACAACAUAGCAGCAGUCACCAAAUUAUUAAUACCAAUUUAGCACUUGAGUACACACACUCCUUGCACAAAAAUAAAUAUACCAUUAAAUCUACUCACAAACUCUGUACUUACCUUGGUACUUUUGCCCCAGUCAGCCAGUUGAUGCCAUGUUUUUUGUUACCUGCCUUAAAAUUCGCCUACAAUACAAGCAAGGAAUAAGAAGUAAUAAAAAUGAUUAUUGUAAUGCUGUGUGUGUGUAGUAUAGUUGAAUGACAUCAAUUGCUGUUAGAGGACAUUUUGCAUGGAAUAUUACUGAAAGUUAAAAUGCAAGUUAACAAGUCAAAUUUCACCUCAAAUGGAAUCUACUUUACUUCAGAGACUAUAAAUUUGCAUUUGCAUUGUCUAAUAAGCUAUUACACGUUACAGAAAAGAUAGCUUCAGCAUGGGGGAAUCGUAAUUUCCCUGGCAUCAAAUAAGUCUGGACCAAACGAUCCUGGUGUGAAAGCGCCCUCAAAUAGGCUUUAUUCCCGUCUCGCUUUCCCCGGGCCAUUGCUUCCCCUCCCCCAACUUCCCCUCGCUGCAGCCAGUAGUAUGGAGCAGGAUCACCUGACAUCCAGAAGAUGAAGAGACAUGGGUCUCAUAUGUCGAUUGGUGUCUGCUAGCGGCUAGCCAUUUUCUUCGCUAACUAGGUUUGGCUAGGCAUGUCUGAAGGUUCACACUCAAUGUGGGCAUUUUCAACAUUUAUUUACGGGCAGACCCAAUUCCCAGAAUUCAGUAUUUCGGUAUUUCUGGAUGAUCUUCAGGUGCUGUACUAUGACCGCAACAUCAAGAAACUCAUCUCUCGAAGCGGACCAAGCUCCACGAAGGGAGUUGAAGAUAUUAUGCAUCUAGGUGCAAACAUUGUGGUAGAAGGCAUUUACAGUAACAUGAAACAUCCCACACAUGAAAGGUUCUUCGCCAAUCACACUGGAGGAGUUCGUGUUCAUCAGAUGCUGGCUGGAUGUGUGCUGGACAAUGACAAGUCCAGUCAGGUCAUGGUGUGGGAUGCUUAUGAUGGAACAGAAGCGGCACAUUAUGGCAUGCAUAAUUGCACAAUCAACCCUCUAUGGCCACAGCUUAUAUGGAUCACACAGGCAGCAGAGAUUUUUCAAAUGGAUUUAAGAAAUAUUUAUCAGCCUAUUUGUAUCCACAUACUGAAGUACUAUCUGGAGAAAGAAAAGAACAUUGUGCUUAGAAAAGAGCGGCCCAGAGUCAGACUAAUCCAGAAGACAUGCAGGGAGACUGGAGUGGUGAAGGUGAGCUGUCUGGCCACUGGCUUCUACCCCCGGCACAUCAACCUGACCAUGCUGAGAGACGACCGUCCCAUUCCAGACGAGGAGCUCACUUUUGGGGCGGUGUUACCCAACGGAGACGGGACGUACCAGACGAGCAGAACCCUUAGUAUCAGUUCGGAGAUAGCGAGAGAGAAACACCGUUACACCUGCUCUGUCACACACCUUGCUCUGGACAACAAGCUGGACAUCAACUGGGAAUCAGGGGAAGGUGCUGAUGUUGCAGUCAUCAGUUCUGUGGUUAUAGUGCUGGUUCUGGUUCUGGUUCUGAUCUUUGCCAUCCCUGCGUUUAUCGUCUAUAAGAAGAGACGCAGAGGCAUCUAGACCUCCUUUGGAUACUUGCUUGCUAAAGGUAAGUGUCUAAAUAUUAAUGUUUACAGAGGAGUAUACUGUUCUGUCCCUUCUGAAGAUGUAUCACUGAUGGUUUGUGCUCUCAGUUUUAGAGUCUGAAGACCCAGCUUCACAUUCCUCUAUCAUUUAGAAAUCCUUUAUUGUACCUGGUCAGGAUGAGUAAUUUUCUUUUUAGUAUUCAAUGGAAUUGCAGACUCUGGUAAUUAUGGUUCUCUUGCUAUAAAAUAGUCAAGUGCCUUACAUUUAUUGGUGCGUGUGUUUGCUGUAAAGUGGUAUAUUGAAGUGCACUUCAAUGGACAUGCAGACCGCUAUCUGCAAUUGCCACGACACUGUCAACAUCCCAUAUGCGUAUUAUCUUAUUAAUAUAUUGUUUUCAUUAUUAGGGGGGCAAGCACCGCAGGUGCUGGAGCCACUCUUGUUUUAGUUCUAGUUUUAUUUGUUAACUUUUCCUGCCAAUGCAACUUAAAUUCAUGCAUAGCAAAACCCACUGAACUUUGCACAUCUGUAGAGCACUUAGUAAAGGCCCUUGGGCUGCUGGCAGCUCGUCAUAUUAAAGUACUGCUCCAAUGCAUGGAUAGGCCCCAUUGUCUGGUAUUGUCUGGGCAAUGCUAGCAUCAUCCAGGAUGACAAUGCCUCAUUGUGCACCAGCAACCCCUGCUGGUUGGUCAUUCGCUCUCACUUUCUGCUGCGCCAUGUGUCUUCCUCCAAUGGUAUAUCUGCUUAGACGUAUUUUUGAAUUUUGUGUAGAACACCAACUUCACAAUUUUACUGAUCUGGGCAGCAUGUUCGUUAGCCUUUACCUACCUUACUUGAAAAAUGGACCAGAUCUAUUGUGAAUGCAGUUACUGAGAAAAUUAAGUGCAAUGAAAUUAAGCUAUUUUGCAUUUGUGAUUAUCUGGUCACUCAAGUGUCAUGAUGGAAGCAUUGCAAGUUAAAUGAAAUGCAUUUGCCAUCAAGUCUUUAUGUGUUGCUUUCAACACAUAACUUGUAUUAUUCAAGACACUUGCUGCUACUGCAACCCACUCAAUGUGAACAUUGCCAAUAAAGGGUAA